AUGGUGGCCAAGAGUACCGACGACCUCACGAAGGCGCCAUCCCUCGCGGACUCGGACGUACCUCUCAGCGCUGCACCGCUGCGCACCUGCCGAUUUCGUGAUGGGUCUGAUGGGAACCCUCCUGUCUCGGACUCCAUCUCGGCAACACCAGACGCAGCGUGCCAGCCGACCUCUUCGACGCCAGUGGACUUCAUGCGAGCUGGCAAUUCCUUGAAAGGGCAGGUGAUUGUGGACAUCACCGCAGCCUGGAUCGGUGGGUAUAUCCUUGCCCACAAAGGUGAUGGUGAGUUUGAAAAGCCCAGCAAGCCGAGCGAAGAUGCCACCAAAGCGUCAGCGAGCGCCAGGUUGCUCGCAGAGCCUGGACCCAGGCUGGUUUCCGUGGAGGCAGAGCUGAGAGCAAAGCUUCGGUGCCUUGUGAAGGAGUCUUGCAGCGAGAUGCUUUGGCCAUGUGUUGGUCGUCGGGAUGUGGUGCAGCACAUCAUGUCUUUCAUCGAAAGCGAGCGGCCGCUGAUUGAUACAGAAGUGGGUGGCAAGAUGUUUCAGGACACAGGUUCGGCAAACUUGGACUUCUUCUUCCAGUCGGUUCCACAAGGAAGGCCGAAGGAGAACGAACUGUUGAAGGGGCUGCUAGACAAGGCUUGGGCUGAGAGUCCAGGGGUUUGUCUGAAGCAGAUGUUCCUUCUCGGAUCCCGGGAUGGCAAGCAGGACAGGCAUUCCUUCUACGAUGCCAUGAUGUGGCUUUGGCACAAGGACCCCCACACACUGCUGGCCAACUUGCACCUGGUGCCUGAGUGCAACUACUGGAAGGGCUUGCUGGAGAUUCUGGCGUGCAUCUGUGAAGGCCCGGUGCGCAGCUUGCAGCGAGACUUGGCCCUGCAUUCGCACUACAAGCGCUGCCAGAACGAGCCAGAGGACCACAAGCCACCCGCCAGCACGGAGCUGUCUCGAAAAGUGAACUUGGCUCGUCCACAACGGUCUGCAACCAUUCAGAAGUGGGCCUGGUAUCGGAUGGAGGAUGCCGGCAUCGAAGGGGAAGGCAACUUCCGGCCGGGCUCUCGCCUGCAGUUGGCGGAGGAAGCGCUGAAGCGUUACGACAGUGACCCGGUCUACCGAUCGCUCUUCGAACGCAUCGCACGACUCUUUGCAGAGCAGCUGCGCAUGGACCUCGCGGCCAUGCGCCGAGGUCAAAGGGUGAGGCUUUGCGCGAAGUGGUGCCCUUUGCUGUACCAUUCCUUCGAUCGCCGGACCCUCCUUUGCGAGGGUAUUGCCCGCUGGCUCUUCCCGGCGACCUUGCCAGAGUUUGCAGGCUGCAGCGAGCGACAGUAUGCCUACAGAGCUCGCGAUUUGCUGCGGAAACGGCUCUCUGAGCUCACCGAGUACAUGAAGCUCCCGGAGAGGCUGAUCUGCCAGCGUCGAUGGGCUGAGAUCCGAUACAAAUCGCUUCCCGCGGCUUGCCUGACCAAGCAUGCCAAGAGCUUCGAGAAGCACGACUCCGUCAGGAUUGCAUCGCUGUGCGACGUGUCGGGCUCUAUGUCCUGCGAGGCCGCCCCACACAUCAGCUGCAUGGACGUGGCCAUCGCACUGUCCUUGCUGGUGGCGGAGCUUUCUUCCGGGCCCCUGGCACGUCAAGUCAUCACGUUCCACGAGCGACCGUUUAUGAUGCGGGUGGAUUGGGGUGGGAGCACCAACUUUCACCGAGUUUUCCAGCUCUUGGAGAACAUUCCCCAACCGCCCAAGAAAAUCUUGGUCUUCUCUGACAUGCAGUUCGCCAAUGCCGGUGGCAACACCACAGUGCUGAGGCAGAUUCAGCGGAACUAUCGGCAGGCCGGCCGGACCAUGCCUGAGCUGGUGUUUUGGAAUCUCCGAGCAACUUCGGGUGCACCGGCCCUCGCCACCGAUGCAGGCGUUGUGCUGAUGUCUGGCUUCUCGUCGCGCAUGCUGAAGAUGGUCACCGAGUCCGGGCCUGAUCCUUUGGCAGCCUUCAGCAAGGCGCUCGAGAACCUUCUGUGUGGAAAGGUGCGUGUCGCCGACGCCGCAGACGCCGAGGAGCUCCUGGGCCCUGCUCUGCCCUUCAGCGCCUUCACCUUCGCUGCAGAGGCCGAGUCCGAAACUGCGAAGGCGGCAGAGCCUGCAGAGCCUGCAGCUGCAAAGGCGGCAGAGGCCGAGGCCCAGGUCCCAACGCCCAAGCCCAAGCAGCAGCGGAAACGGCGGCAGGUGACGGUGGCGUUGGGCGGACUGCCGUGCCGCGUUGCUGAGGCUGCGCUCAUCGGCAAAGGGGGCCAGAGGAUCCAAGAGCUGAGGAAGACACUCCAGGACCGCCUUUGCCAAGAGCUGGAUAAGGGCUACUUCCGCUUUUGGCUCGAUGUGCGACGGUUCGUCUUGCAAGCGACCGUGGAGGCCGCCGAGACCUCGUUCGGAGAAGAUCAGAUUCGAACCGCCCUGGCGCAGCUCAAGCACAGCAUCCCGCGUAGUGUUGUCUACAACAAAAAACAGCACAUUCAUUGCGUCGACGACGGCCUCCCCGCACGCGCACCUGGCGCAGCGUCUGCCACUCUCGGGUCACUGCCGACUAAUCGGGCCAUGGCAGACUUUAUCGGCCCAAGGGGUUCGAGGAUUCAGUCCAUGAAGGAGGAGUUGGAGCGCAUCCUGGAUGAGCAGCUCAGUCCGGCCGGCUUUUGGUUUUACCUGGAUGUGCAGAAAACAGGUGUAACCGGGGUCCUGUCGGCGACUGUGGUGCCCCAUGACAGCUCGCUCACCGAAGGACAGCUGGUAACUGCCUUUCAACGAUUGAAGGCCCAUGUCCAACGAAGCCAACAUUACACGAAUUCCCGUCGGGUUGGGGAACAACGACCCACGGCACCUGCGAAGUGCACUUCGCGAAAGAUGACCGCAGAGAGGUGGUCAGGAAUGGCACCCAACGUGCUGUUGCCAGAAGGAGAGCAGUCCGAGCAAGAGCAGCUCGAAGUCCAAGGCGAAGCCAUCAAUGCCUACAGUAAGCGGUUGGUUAGGAAGGUGCCUUCCCUCGUCAAAGUUCUCGGCCAAACUGGAUGUGGCAGCAUCGACGGAGGACAAGAUGAGAGGCUGAUGACCACCAUGCCAGCCUCGCCGCUGGCCAGCGAGGGCCGUUCUCUCCUGGUGCCAGCGUACAUCCUUGGCGCGCGGAGGAUCUUCGGCGGCUUAGAUGGCACGUCCCGGGACAUCGGGCCGGAGAAUUUCAACCAAGGAAAGCCGGAUGUGAACCUGGAUGUGCCCCUGACCUCCGACCUGGUCGAUAUCGAGGUGGGCGGCAUGAAGACAAAAAUCGGCAAGACGAGCCCCUUCUUAGGCUUUCAGAGCAUCAACCAGGAGUCGGGCUUGGCGCAGGAUGUGCCGCCGGCCAGGAAGAACCAAAAUCCGAUUCAGUUUGAGACAACCGGCGAGUACGGCUUCGAAGCCCAGGACCACUCUCUUGGUGCGGAUAUGUCACGGCGUCGAUGGAAGGUGAAAGCCUGGUACAAUGCCGUGGCCCUGGACGCCUGGCAUCCUGAUGUCCAGGCCGUUCUGAAGAAGACAGUGCAGGCCAUCGGUAGUGGCCCGUGGGGCUCAGGAGUCUGGUGGGGCAACAGCCAGAUUUUUGCAUUGGUUGCGUGGAUCGGGCAAGCGCUGGCACAGAGCAGCUGGGGGCGGGACAUGCCUCUGGACUACUACAUUUACUCCAGCUUCACGGAGAACCCUUCGAACCAGUGCCUGGUUCAUGCCAAAGCAGCCUGCAGUGCUUGCCUGGCUGCAUGUGACAACUCCGGCUAUGCAGGCUCUGGGAACAAUCAGCGCUACUGCUGCAUGGAGCCGGAGCCGUGGAUCCCGUCGGCCGGGCUCUUCGAUGGGAAGGCAUGCCUGCCCUCGGAACUUGCUCCCACGCUGUGCGGCGUGCACGGCUUUGGAGAGGUGUUCGAUGCAUUCCGGGAGUCCACUGUGGGUGAAAUCUGGCACAAAAUCAAAACUGCUGCAGAUGCUCUGCACGACAAUCCAGAGGAAGCGACCCUCUUUGACAAGAUGCUUGCUUAG